AUGCGUGAAGUCAUCUCCGUCCACCUCGGUCAAGCCGGUAUCCAAGCCGGAAACUCUUGCUGGGAACUCUACUGCCUCGAGCACGGAAUCGACCCAGAUGGUAUGAUGCCGUCGGACACUUCGGUCGGCAUUGCCAAUGAUUCGUUCAACACGUUCUUCUCCGAAACUCCCUCUGGCAAGCACGUGCCUCGUUCCAUCUAUGUCGAUUUGGAACCCACUGUCUGUGACGAAGUCCGCAGUGGCAAGUACGGAUCCUUGUACCAUCCCGAAUCCAUCAUCAGUGGAAAGGAAGACGCAGCCAACAACUACGCCCGUGGUCACUACACCAUUGGAAAGGAACUUGUUGACACUGUCUUGGAUCGUAUCCGCAAGUUGGCUGACAACUGUACCGGUCUUCAAGGAUUCCUCGUCUUUCACGCCACUGGAGGAGGAACUGGAUCUGGUCUUGGAUCUCUUCUUUUGGAGCGCCUCUCGGUCGACUAUGGCCGCAAGUCCAAGCUUUCCUUUGCUGUCUCUCCGUCUCCCAUGGUUUCGACCGCUGUUGUAGAACCAUACAACUCUGUCUUGUCGACCCAUGCUCUUUUGGAACACACGGACUGUACCUUUUGCUUGGACAACGAGGCUCUCUACGAUGUCUGUCGUCGCAACUUGGACAUUGAACGUCCCACUUACCAGAACUUGAACAGACUCAUCGCUCAAGUCACUUCGGCGUUGACUGCUGGUCUUCGUUUCGAAGGUGCCCUCAAUGUGGAUUUGAAUGAUUUCCAAACCACUUUGGUGGCCUACCCCAGAAUUCAUUUCAUGUUGACUUCGUACGCUCCCGUCAUUUCUCGUGAAAAGGCCUUCCACGAAAUGUUGUCGGUUGCCGAAAUCACCAACUCUGUGUUUGAGCCCAACAAUAUGAUGACCAAGUGCGACCCUCGCCACGGAAAGUACAUGGCAUGCUGCCUCAUGUACCGUGGAGACGUUGUCCCUAAGGAUGUCAACGCUUCCAUUGCCACCAUCAAGACCAAGCGCACCAUUCAAUUUGUCGACUGGUGUCCUACUGGUUUCAAGACUGGUAUCAACUCUUGCAAGCCCUACACUGUUCCAGGAGGUGACUUGGCCGAGGUCAACCGCGCCGUCUGUAUGGUCGCCAACACUACCGCCAUUGUCGAAGCCUUGUCUCGCAUUGACCACAAGUUUGAUCUCAUGUACGCCAAGCGUGCCUUUGUUCACUGGUAUGUCGGUGAAGGUAUGGAAGAGGGUGAAUUCUCGGAGGCUCGUGAGGAUCUUGCUGCCCUUGAAAAGGAUUACGAAGAGGUUGGCGCUGAUUCUCCAGAUGAUGCCGAAGAUGAAUAUUAA